UACACGGGCGAAUAAAUUUUCUGUCUCUCUAGUCUAUACCUCAAAACGGGAAGGAAGGAGUACGCCGAAAAGUGUAUUUAAUAUAUUGAAUGAAUUAGCGCUGCACGAUUCGUUUAUAAUACAGGACUUUUAGAAUUACAUUCUAAUUAAGUAUGCCCGAGAUAGUGGCAAUAAAAAGUUCGGGGGAUGUUGCAGACAGCGAAAUGAAGAUUGAAGACGGAGCUGACAGUCCUCCAGUGCGUCCUAGUUCCCCUAAAGCGCCUCGGUACAAGCGUCUAAUUGAUCGAAUCAACAAACGGAUCAACAAAGGUGCAAGAUUCUUUUCUCUGGAGUUUUUCCCUGCAAGAACCAUCAAUGGAGCUGUUAAUUUGCUUGCAAGGUUUGAGAGAAUGGGAAGUGGAAAGCCCCUGUUCUGUGACAUCACAUGGCAUCCAGCAGGUGACCCUGCCAAUGUUGAGAAGCCUACGAGUUCCACAUGUAUGGCCUCUACCAUGUUAAACUACUGUGGUUUAGAGACCAUGCUUCACAUAACAUGUGCUGAUCAAAGUAUAGAUGAGCUGAAGGCAAAUCUGCACAAAGCCAAAAAUUUGGGCAUUAGGAACCUUCUAGCGUUGAGAGGGGACCCUCCAGAUGGAACUGACAACUGGACAUACCAGGAGGGUGGUCUCAACUAUGCCUCUGAUCUUGUCAGCUUGAUCAGACAAGAGUUUGGGGACUACUUCGUCAUUUGUGUAGCAGGUUACCCUACUGGUCACCCAGAAAGUGAGUCCUACGAGGAGGACCUUCAGAAUUUGAAGAAGAAAAUUGACGCGGGAGCAGAUUUUAUAAUCACACAACUGUUCUUCAAAGCCGAGACAUUUAUCAAAUUCUAUAAAGACUGUAGAGCUAUUGGAAUAGACUGUCCUAUAAUGCCAGGACUUCUUCCUAUCCAAGCAUACCAAUCCCUCAGACACAUAGUUAAAUUGUCACGGUUAGAAGUGCCGCAGGAAAUAAUCGAUGAUAUAAACCCAAUAAAAGACAACGAUGAAGCCAUUAGAAAUUACGGUGUUGACUUGACGGUGAAAAUGGCGAAAGAGUUAUUCAAGACCGGUUAUAUACAUGGAGUUCAUUUUUACACGUUGAACAGGGAAGUUGCAACAAUUGAAAUCUUAAAAAGACUAGGGAUGUGGUCAGAAGACCCAUGGAGGCCGUUGCCAUGGAAACCAACAGCUAACUGUAACAGAAUGACUGAAGAAAUCCGACCAAUAUUUUGGCAGUGCCGACCAAAAAGCUACAUACACCGGACAUCAAACUGGGAUGAAUUUCCAAACGGACGAUGGGGAAAUUCGUCUGCUGCAGCAUUCAAUGAACUUCAAGAUUAUUAUUUGUUUUACCUAAAGAGUAAGGCUACACAGGAUGAUUUGUUGAAACAAUGGGGCCAAGAGUUGGAGAGUGAACAAGAUGUUUAUGAUGUGUUCAGAAAUUAUCUCACAGGAGAAACUAACAAAGCCGGUGUCAAGGUGACAAAAGUGCCAUGGAAUGAUGAUGAACUGUCUCCAGAGACCAGCUUGAUUACGGACAAACUGGCCAGCAUUAAUGAACGUGGUGUUCUAACUAUCAAUUCACAGCCCAACAUUAAUGGAGCACCUUCGGCUGAUCCAAAUCUAGGUUGGGGCGCUCCAAACGGCUACAUAUACCAAAAGGCCUACCUUGAGUUUUUCACCAGCAAGAAGAAUAUACAGGCACUGAAGAAAAUCUUGCCAGAGUUCCCAUUGGUUAACUAUCAUAUAAUCAACUAUAAUGGGGAGGCAGAUUACACAAACUGUGAUAAAGAUGAGCCUAUAGCUGUAACAUGGGGAGUGUUCCCUGGUAAAGAAAUUAUACAGCCAACUGUUGUAGAUCCAAUAGCAUUCACUGUAUGGAAGGAUGAGGCGUUUGCAUUGUGGGUAAAGAACUGGGGCAACUUAUAUCCCGAGGGUAGUCGAUCACGAGCCAUAAUAAGAAAUAUCCAUGACAACUAUUAUCUUGUAAACCUGGUAGAUCACGAAUUCCCAAAAGAAUCGUGCUUGUGGGAGAUUGUUGAAAGGAUGUUGGAAUUGGCUGGACGAGAAGCAGACAAUGAUGAUGCUGAAAAUGGAGUUGCCAUGGAAACAGGGGAUAAUGACCUGUUGGCAAACCGAGCUGGAAAUUGAUACGUUCAGGAGAAGUUAUAAUAGCAGACAAUUAUUUUAGUGGAAAUAUUAACAUAUGGAAUUGAUAAGACUAUGAUGAGGCGAUACAGAUAAAUUGUUGGAAGAAUAUCUGGUUCAGAAACUAUAACAGUCAUAAUUUAUAUCAUUAAAUCUUUUUGUGAAAGAUAAUUGUACAUUUUAUAAAACAUAUUGUUUCAAGAGACAACCUAACUGAUAGUUUUUUUUUGUGUCUCAAGAUUUUAUCUUUACAUCUUUGCUGGUCUUUAAUGUAUUAUAGUGCUUUUAAGGGAUGAAAUUUUUUCUAUUAUUUUUUGUUGUUUUGUGUGCUAUGUAUAUUACUCAUGACAAAAAAAUCUCAUUAUGUUACUUUAACCUUUUAUUUUACAUGAUUGCUUAACUAGACAUUUGUGAUGAUAUUAUCUGGCUACAUCUUACAAUAUUGUUUAGCCCUUCACCUGUUGGAACCAGAAAUGAUUAACCUUUGCCACCAGUAUAGAGCCAGGCCAGCCUGUACCUCUGUGCAGUCUUGCAGGUUCUGUACUGUUGGUUACUAAAUUUUUGUAUUUGGAUAUUGUAAUCCCUUAAAUUUAUAAUGGACUGUUCAAAAUUCAAUGCUGGGCAUGUCCAUUACACAAAGUCAGCAGGGUAAGGGUAAAGAAGAAAUGAAUCAGUUGAAAUGUUUAAAUUACAGUAUGCUAUCUAAACGUGGGAUGAGCUGCCAUUUGCAACUCUAGUCAUUUUGCAACAAUUUAUUAAAUAUAGCGAUAAUAAGUGUGCAACGAGUUAACCACUUCAUUCUGAAUAACUGAGUACUGUGAAGCUAUAACGGUAAAGGUUAAUUUGUACCCGGGGAUUUGAUGGGAAAAACCCACAUUUGCCGAGUUCUGGGUAGCAUCUAUUGUAACAAACAGUGGUUGAAUUAUGUUUAGACAUUUUAGAAAAUAAGGGUAUAAAAGCACCAGCCAUAAUUAACAUGCUGCUAAAUAAUUAUCUUGGCUCUGAUCAUAAUGAGAUCCCCCCUGAACAGGUAGUUUGUGUGCAGUAAUUAAUGAUGUGUGCAGUAAUUAAUGAUUUCUAGGCUAUAUUGUAUGGGAAGUCUGUAUUGUCACAAUGUACUUAAUAUUUUUUCAGCAUUAUAUUAUAUUGAACAUGGUUCUUUGAAAAGCUUGGACUUUGUAUUUAUUUGUGAAUGUUGCUUAAUCUUCAAUAGACAAUAUCCAUUCACUUUAUUUUGAUGUUGAUUACACAAGGUGUAAUACAAGGUUAAAGUAUAGUAUUAAGUUUUGUACAUUUUGGUAUAUUUUUUCCUACAUUUUACAUUUAAAAAAAAUACUUAAAAAAAAAACAACUAUUCCUACAGCAUAAAUCAACAGUCUUGGCUUUUUAUCUUUGUUUAUGAUUAUAUUUUACUUAAUGAGGGCAAUAUUUGAUAAUUUUGUGAUACAUGCUUUAUGGAACAAAUAAAAAAAUAUGAAAACUGAAAA